AUGUCUGCCCAGUAUCCCAGCCAGACGCUGACGGUGCCUGGGAAACCCAGGCCCAACCCGAGUGCUACAUCUAGCAUCUCAUACACUCCCACAGACACCUCCAUUCCUCCUAAAUUGUAUGACAAGGUACCCAACUUGGACAUGUACAAAAAGCUUAAAGAUGCCGAGCGUCAAAUUGACCUUGUAAAUGUUAGAAAAGGGCUUGAUUUUCAAUCCAUCCACUCCAAAUCCAUUCAACCAUCCAACUUUCCACGAGAAACCGGAAUUUUACGUGUGUUUAUUUACAAUACUUGUAGUAACCAACCAUGGCAGAAACAGCUGGCCCAAGAACGUGGAGACAUUACGGCUGACAAUGCCGGCGAACCUUCGUGGACACUUCGUGUAGAGGGGAAACUUUUGCGUGACGACAAAUCCCUGACACUGACACAGGAAAAUCUGAACUUGAAGUUUAGCUCGUUUUUGUCGGGAUUGUCAGUUGAUUUGGUGCCCAACGACGACUAUCCAGAAAUGCAAGCAGCGCAGUCCAAUAUCAUCGAAUGGAGAGACACAUCCCAGCAGCAAAUGGAGAACAUGUACUCCAAUAACGCUUCUAAUAGGCUGCUGGAAUUUGACGGGUUGGACGUGAAGAGAAACGGAAUGUAUGAUCUCGAAGCCAAAAUUGCACUUUUGAUAAAGUCAGAUAAUUCAAGACUUGGUCUCAGUCCCGAGAUGGCACAAUUUAUUGGAAAGGAAGAGGCUACUCAACAGGAAUUACUAUAUGCGGUAUGGCAAUAUGCUCUCUUCAAAAGGUUGUUCAAAUGGAACGAUUCCUUGUCAAACGUACCUGCUGCUCCAACAGACUCGUCUAUGAACGGAAUGAACAGACCAGACGACACCACAAAUGACUUGACCGUCGUGGAAUGCGAUGAGUACCUCUCAGAGCUUCUUAAGGUUCCCAACUUCCGAUUUACCGACCUCUACAAACUUCUUUACAGUCACUUCAAACCCAGAAAACCAAUAAUUUUGGACUACACCGUCAACACGAAAAAGUCAACGACUUUGGGAGACCUUGUGGUGGAUAUUCCCGUUGAACUUCCUCUUUCACUCAGUUCCAUCCAAAAGCAAAAUGUCGAGCGUAACAAACAGGCCUAUGAAUCGCUCACAAAAUCAGAUGCAGAAAUCCAAACCUUGAAUCACAAAAUUGCUUUAGGAGUUGUUGCGUUACAGCAAGCCAAUUACCGCGAGAACUUUUAUAGAGAUUUGAGUUCGGAUCCAGUCAACUUUAUGAAACAAUGGGUCGAGAGCCAGCUGGAAACUCUUAGGGCUUUGAAGAGUGACGAGGGUUUCCACGAGCAAACUGUCAGAAGGGCUGAUUACUACGAGAAAAAUGAUGAACUAUUGAAGGAAAAGAUAGAUAUCAUGCUCGGGGCCAACAGAAUCUAG